UCGGAGGUCGAUUGGGGCGCCGUCGACUUGGAGCCCAGCAGCGAAGAGGACACCCCCCCCGCCUGCGAUGACCAUCCGGCGGCCGCGGAGGCGCUGCAGCCUUUACCGAAGGCCGGAGCCCCGCAGCGCACCAUAGCGCUCGUUGAAAUUGAGUUCGCUACGGCCGCCGAGAGGAAGGACUGGGACGCCAUGGCCGUGCUCUGCAAGGAAGUGGCGGAUCUCAGGAAGGCGCAGGCCGAGCGGGGGGCUGCAUGGACGCAGGAGCCCGUGGAGCGCCAGACCCUCACAAAGCAAGAUGUCCGGAACCUCCUAUGCUUUGCGGGGCGUACCCCGGAGAACAAGUCGAUCCCGCAGCGCGUCCUCACCAUCACAGAGGAGGACGCGCCAGCGGACGGAGUCGUUGAGGGGCAUCGGGUGCCUUACUGGGUAUCAACGGCAGAAUGCGUCUUGCUGCUUCAGCACAUGGGCGCGGGAGAGGAGUACCCCGUCACACACCCAGGGUCAUUCUCGGACGUGGCCCCAGAUUCACAUUUCGGAUCGUGGGCCAGGGGCCAGAUACAUGGUGUGCUACACUGUUCCGGACGUCAUUUUGCGGCCGCGUUCAACAGCAGAGUCCCCGCCAUCAGAAACAAGCUGGCGGAGCUCAAGCUCCAGGACGACAGCACGAGCGCGGAGGCGCAAUUCUUCCGCGCAAAAUUAGGCGCUUCAGCAAUCAUUCCCCGCAACAAUGACGUGGGGGAUUGCGGCCCAGACGGCAUCAGGUUGAUUGCUGCGGUGGCCGGCAUCCACACAGCCACGUCUCCCGGCACCCCGACCAAGCAGAAGCGAACGCUGCCGUUCACACUGGCGGCCGACACCUCGCCUCCCAAAAGCAAGCGUGCGAUGGCGCCCGCUGGGAUAGCGGCGACGCACCCGCCAUCGAACGCGGGCACCAGCAAGGCCGCCGCCAUGCCUGGCGCCAAGAAGCGCCCCCCGCCGAGCAGUCCAGCCCCUGAGUCGAGCAGACAUCGUUUGGCCCAGGCGCCCCUGAGGCCGAAAGGGCCCCUGGCAGCCAUCGGGGCGCCCCCCAAGAAAGAAGCCCCGGCGUGGGCUUGCCCCAGCGACCUCGCCGGGCCAACUCUCCCAGCUCAAACGGUUGUUGUCCACGUGUACGUCGUGGAGGCGAGCCCGUUCAACGAGGAGACGGACCGGGUGCCCCCUCCAGGCAAGGCUCUUCCGAAAGCGAAGCUCACCGUGUCUGCGGAGAAGGGCGCGGCCGCGACCAUGGUGGUGACGAUCUGGAGUGCUACUUCGUCCACGGUGGCGACAAUCUACGAGAAUUCCUACGUGUACUUGACGUUCCCUGCGAGCGCCCGCAUGCAGAAGAGGCCCCCCAUCGCGCUGCAGCCCGCGCAGCUGCACGGCUUGUGCCCGGUCCAGGAGCAGGCGGAACAAUGCAAGUUCGAGUGGGCGUUCGACGACAGCGGGAAGGAUCGACCGGCAUGCGCAGCCACAGUAGCACCGCCUUUCGACAUCAACUUCCCGUGCCCCCACGACGCCAUGGUCCCGCUGAAUUCCCUGGGCGAGCCGUUCCCAGGCACCCGGAUCCUGAACUUCCAGGCGAAGGUGGUGAGCGUCGGGGAGCAGGUCAAGCAGAAGCAGUGGAGGAAGCCCAUCACAGUCGAGGACGAGGACGGCACGCCGUACGCUGUCACCUUGUGGGCCGCGCACGCAACGAGGAGCUUUGUGCGUGCGGGGUCGUGGUACCUCUUCAGCAAGGCAGAGGCGACGAGGAGCCGCAAGCUGCCCGCGGGCGAGAUAGUGGACGCGCCGUUGGCGAUCAACGCCUGGUGGCCGUGCGGCAUCCGCGAGAUCGCGGACGGCAGCAUCGCGGGCGAUAGCGACUGAAAGCCCGUCGCUCGCCUGGGGCGUACAUUCGAACCUGUAGGAGGCUUGUGUAUAGAACUGCCGCCCAGACGCCAGCCGUGCGAGCAGGAACUCCUGUCGCGGAGGAACCUUCGGCGCUCGCCUCUCUCCAAGCUUGGCAGUUUGCGCGCGUAAGCGCGUGGCUCCCAUUCUAUCUGUCUCCCUUUCAGGUUUUUUUUCUCUCUCUCUCUCUCUCUGUCUCUUUCUCUCUUCGCGUCCCUCUUCCUCUGAGGGCGCCUCGACACAAUCGUUUUUUAUUCGGCUUGCUCGGCUUGGCGUUGGCCGGCCGGGGGCAAGCAGGACAGUCCUGAAGGGGCUCCGGUUCGACGGCCUGGGACAUUCCUGAUUACCUUCCUGGAGGCGUCUUGAAGCCCCCAUGGGCGCGCUUCUACGGAACGUCGUGGGGCGCACAGGUGGCGCAUCGGAGACCUUUCGCCCAGCGGGAGAGGCACUGCUCUCCGCGCGUCGUCUUGCGAGCACGUUGGCCCCGCGC